AAGGAAGAAAGAGGUUCAAUGCAUUUGGUUUUUACUUUUUCUCCCUCUUUCACCAUUGUUCUGUCUCUCACGCAUCCUCUCUAGGGUUCCGUUCCGUCAAGGGUUAAGCUAUGGGGAAAAGGAAGGCAAAGGCAAAGCCUGCUCCAAAGAAAAGAAUGGAUAAGCUUGAUACUGUCUUCAGCUGCCCUUUCUGCAAUCAUGGCAGCAGUGUUGAAUGCCGCAUUGACAUGAAGAAUUUGAUCGGGGAAGCUACUUGUGGAAUAUGCCAAGAGAGCUUUAGCACUACCAUCACAGCUUUAUCAGAGCCAAUAGACAUAUACAGUGAGUGGAUUGAUGAAUGUGAAAGGGUGAACACUGUGGAUGAUGAUGCUUAGCUAUGUUCCGAUCGCUGUUCCUGACGGAGUAACUGGCCUAUUUUACAUUUCCAACCUGUAUUUAGUCAGUUCCUGAUGUGAGCACUGGUAAUAAUUGAGUUAUGUAAUAUUAUGUUCAAGAGCAUGGGAAUAAUUGUCCUGUUUAGAUGAAGUCACCUUGAUUGGAAGAUAGUUUGUAAUAUGUAAAGUAUGCUGGUUGCAUAUCUAAAGUGUGUAAUUUAGGCCCUUUGGAAUGACUUGGAAGACUGGGGCUAAUAUGUAGCUUGAUGGACUUGGAUUUGGAUUCAAUAAAAGUUAAUGAAUUCCUACUCA